UAACCGGAAGUGACGCUAUUCUCGGGCGCCAUAUGUGUUUUACAAGAAAAAAAGAGGGAACAAAAAUACACAUAGUCCCAAUUUAUCUUUAAUUAAAAUGAAUAGCCGUCUUCUGGAGAUUAGAGAGAGGCAGAAAUUGAGACGGCAACUUCUAGCACAGCAGUUGGGAGCUGAGAAUCCGGACAGUAUCGGCGCUGUACUUAAUAGCAAAGAUGAACAAAAAGAGAUCGAGGAAACCAGGGAGACCUGCAGGGCUUCAUUUGAUGCAUCAGCUGUGAGUGGCAAGCGAAAAUGUCAAGCAGAAGGAGAGGACACAGAGGAAGACUUAGAGGAACAGAAGGAUGAAGUGGAACAGCAGCAGACGGAUGAGAGUGCGCCAUAUGAAGAAGUUUACAAAGAUUCCAGUACGUUCCUUAAGGGAACCCAAAGCUUGAAUCCACACAAUGAUUACUGUCAGCAUUUUGUGGAUACUGGUCACAGGCCACAGAACUUCAUACGGGAUGUCGGUCUUGCUGAUCGCUUUGAAGAAUAUCCGAAACUCAGAGAGUUGAUAAGGCUGAAAGACGAACUGAUUUCCACUACAAAUACUCCACCCAUGUAUCUACAAGCAGAUUUAGAACAUUUUGACUUGCGAGAACUGAAGUGUAAGUUUGAUGUGAUCCUGCUUGAGCCGCCCCUGGAGGAGUACUACCGAGAGUCGGGAAUCAUUGCCAACGAGAAGUUCUGGACCUGGGAUGAUAUAAUGAAACUGGAAAUUGAGGAGAUAUCUGCCUUGAGGUCCUUUGUCUUUCUUUGGUGCGGGUCUGGUGAAGGUCUGGACCUCGGAAGGAUGUGCCUGCGAAAAUGGGGCUUCCGCAGAUGUGAAGACAUUUGCUGGAUCAAGACCAACAAGAAUAACCCGGGGAAGACGAAAACUCUGGACCCCAAAGCCGUCUUCCAAAGAACAAAGGAGCAUUGCCUAAUGGGAAUCAAGGGCACCGUGCGGAGGAGCACGGACGGCGACUUCAUCCACGCCAACGUGGACAUCGACCUGAUCAUAACCGACGAGCCCGAGAUCGGCAACAUCGAGAAGCCGGUGGAGAUCUUCCACAUCAUCGAGCACUUCUGCCUUGGACGGAGGCGGCUUCACCUGUUCGGAAGGGACAGCACGAUUCGGCCAGGCUGGCUGACAGUGGGCCCGACGCUGACCAACAGCAACUUCAACGCGGAGGCGUACGCGGCCAAUUUCAACACGCCCAACUCCCACCUGUCGGGCUGCACAGAGGAGAUCGAGAGGCUCCGCCCCAAGUCGCCUCCCCCCAAGUCUAAGUCAGAUCGGGGUGGCGGAGCUCCGAGAGGCGGCAGGGGAGGGCCUUCGGCGGGCCGCGGGGACCGGGGCCGCGAGCGCAACCGUCCGAAUUUCCGUGGCGACCGCGGGGGAUUCCGAGGCCGUGGUGGACCCCACAGGGGAUUUCCCCCACGCUAGAUCGGGCAUGCAGCCUGGGGCAAGAUAGGACCCCUAUCAACAGCCCUUGAUUCUGGGAUUGUUUCAGAGCCCAGAACAGAGGCUGGCAGUGCUGGGGCUCCGGAUCUGUGGUUCAUCUGUUCUUGCCCGCACUCACUUUGAUUACUGUCAUUGUUUGAAUAGAAAAUAACAUUACUCGCCUUUUGAAGAGGCGAAUCGUUUACCGAUCGGGCCACUAUCCAGCCUAGCAGCUGUCUUCUGCCCGCAGAAUCACAUGAUGUUAUCGUUACGUUCAAUGAAGACUUUAAUGAAAGUGAGUGCCGAGGCGUAUUAAGGUUACCGCGCACUGCCGGGUCAGGUGUGAGAUGCCGGAGAUUACCGUUGGCGGCUCGAGUGCCACCUGUGUGCCUGAACGCUGAAACAUGAAGCCACUGGAUGGCCUGCGAAUUUGUUCAGAUAUUUCCAUCAUCCUGGAAAUGGACUGAUUGUUUUUAAAUAUGUUUUAUACUUAAGUAUGAAUUGCUUUUAUUUUUGUCACGUUCGCGGGCCUUUGUACGAAGCCUCUGAAUCAUAAGAAAUGUGAGAAGUUGACUUAAUAAACGGCUGAACUUUUCAUCCAGUA